CGAUAAUGCCCCCUCGCGCUCAGCACUACCCCGUCCCGCGGCUGCACACCAACACCGUUUCGACCUCCAACACCGAGCCAGAUCUCGUACCGGACGCCGACGUGACGGAAGGGCUGGCCCCGACCGCACUUCAGGCGAUCGAGAUCGAUGCGGACGUCGAUGGCAGCACCCCAGUGAGGCUCGAGGGCUUCAAGUGCCUCGGGGCGUACAGCUGGGAGGAUGCCCCGCAGCCCACCAUCCUCGUCCCAGGUUCUCCGCCAAGAUGGCGUGACCGCCCUCUCCCCUUCCGCGUGCCCUUCGACUCCGGACUGCAGAUCUUCGAUCCUAACGGGUAUUGCAUGGGCUCCGCGUCCACGCUGAUCCCGCUCUUCCGCGCCGUCGAUGUCGUAGCGGAAGAUAACGCGGACACGACCAUGGACUGGGGCGCGGUGGACUUCGUCCUCGACCGGAGCAGCCUGCGCAAGCUCCUGCGAUGGGCGUGGGCUGCGGAGACGGCACAGUCGCGGAACACAAACCGGAACACUCAAGCUACUAGUACAACGAACGAUAAAGCUGGUUCACGUAAUCCGGCAGCGCCAGAUGGCAUGCCUACAGCCGCGCGCGGGGUCCCAGAUUUCAGGCUAGACCUGCAGCUGGGCGGGAAGAAGACGGCUCUAGUGGAGCGGUGGGACACCCGCACAUGUCAGUAUGUGAACCCACCGAAGUACGGGUGCAGAAACAACUUCGACGAAGCCGCGACGGCCCCUAGACCAGGAUGUCAGUCAAGUAAAUACCACAACCGCAUCGUGCAGUAUGACCUCGAAGGCUUGAGGCUGGUGGUACGCUACGAAGUGGACGCGUGUCUCAUUGACGACGAAGACCCCUCAGACCUGCUCGCCAACCUGUCUCUCUCGUCCCCAACAUCACCAUCCCAUUCCACACUGCGUUCACCCUCAUCAUCAUCCCAUCCCACCCACCGCUCACCUUCCCCUCACUCGGACACCAGCCUCACGGUCGUCCGCGGAGGCGCCCCAGUCCCCCAAUCCUCCCUCAUCGAACUCGCCACACGCUCUCCAAAGGGUCUCCUUGCACACAAAUGGCACGAAACCUACACCCAGCUCCUCCUCGCGCAGACCCCGCACUUCUUCCUCGCGGUGCACCAAAACGGGCUAUUCACGGACGUCGCGAAGCACCAUCGCGCGGCGCCCGCGUUCACGCGCUUUGACCGCGACGCACGCAUGCAGCGCGCGCUCCGCCAGCUGGUGCGUGUCUUAGGGGCCGUGCGGCGCGCAGUGCGCGCGCAUGGCCAGCGUGGGCGGCUGAGCCUCCUGUGUCGUGGGGGAAGGCUGGAGCUUUUUGAGCGCGCGGGCGACGCGGGACGGUUGCCCGACCACGAGCUCGCGCGCUUUGGAACCUGACCUUCUCCACUGAGUAUUUCAUCACUUGAUCGGUUGUCGUGUUGUUGUGCGUCCUCCUGCAUAUUAUCUAGUUGUGUCCUUCCUCUUCCGUUCGAGAUCGACUAUUUGCAAAUAACGGCCUGUGUACAUCCCUCCUUCCCCUAUCCUUCCCAUCACGACUUUUCGGUAUCAGCACAAUCCAGCACAAUCCCCAUACAAUCCACCUCAUCUCCUUCCAUUUAUAUUUACCAUUUAAAGAGGUUACAGCAGUCUCUUAACACUAUUUUAAACAGCACGCAUCUAGCAAAGCUGUCCACAUCACAACAAGGCUUUUCUG